GCACAACUAACAAAAUUGGGAGUACAAUCCAGGUAGAGCGCCCAAGGAAGCGUCAGUGCCCGAACGCUAAAGACGAACAAUCAAGAGAGAUUGACGAUAUACAUGACAUGAGCGAAAAUUUUGUUGUGAGAGAAAUGCUCGACAUCAGUGUUGUGCAAGAAUUGCGUGACAACAACAUUGAGGAGGAGGAAUCUAGCGACGACGAUGCUGACGAGGAGGAAUCGAGCGAUGAUGAUGAUAAGGAGGAGGAAUUGAGCGAGGAUGAGGAUUCAGAAGACACAAACUCUGAGGAGGAUGAAGGAAAUGACGAGUCAGAAAUUGGUGUCGACAUGUUCAAGAAAAGUCUCUCUGGAGAACUUUUAGGAGAAGCGAAGCAGAUAGUAGCACAAGAGGUGAGAAGAGGAUUGUACAGCAAAUCAAGCAAGAGUGAGAAACCUCCUUACAACUUGGGAAAGUACGGCAGAAACAUACGCGUGUACAACAAGAAAGCUAACUACCACGUGAACAUGACGAAUGUCGAAGUGAUUCUCAAGGAAGAUUGCUGCAAGUCCAAAUGUUACAAGCGAGAAGAACUUUGGGCGAUGAAACAGCCUGAGCAAGUCAACUUCCUUCUCGCAGAGAUGAGGGCUGCGUCGUAUUUUUAGGAUGAUGGAGAUUUAGAGGUGUUAAGAGUGACAUUCAACGGCAUAAAAUUUUGCACAAAAGCGUGAGGAAAGUUGUACGGAUUCUCGACUACAUGUGUUGCAAAGUUGCGCAAAGACUUCAGAGACGGACUAGUGUUCUGACUCUCUCUAAAAAACUAAAACUUUAUUAAUGAUGUCUUCGUUGUCCUGCCCGUACUCUUUCGUUUAAUCAAAACAGAGAUUUUGGGGAACAAUGAAUUUAUUAGUGUACG